AUGCCUGCUCAUGCUGAUGAAGAGAAACCACUUGCGCAUAGCGAGUCUGUCCCUGCUCGCUCCCGUGAGCUGCCUGGCGUCAAUCCUCGGAAUGUUGCAAUCGAGUUCGGAUUCUCUCUCUUACCAUUUGGCUUCCUGCUCAAUUCCCCCUCUAGAUACCGCACUAUUUCCAUCCAUGUCGACACUCUUCACGAAACCAAGGAGAAAAACAAGGAAAAGCAAGCUGCGCCUGUCAGCCCUGCCACUGCGAUAUCCGGUAUUGACGUCCACCUGCUCGGUGUCGAUGAGGUCUACCAGCGUUUUUCUUCCUCGCCGAUACAAGGUCUUGAAGCCGCUGCUGUUACGCGCCGGGCCAAAGAUGGGAAGAACAUCAUUUCACCUCCCAAGACCCAGUAUUGGAAAAAGCUUCUCAACUACAUUUUCGGAGGCUUCAAUGCAUUGAUUUGGGUGGCUUUCAUUGUCACGGUACUGUCCUAUGAACCCCUCGGAGAACCAGACCCUGCCGUCUUCAAUCUUGGUGUAGCAGUGCUGCUGCUCCUCGUCAUCAUAUCCUCCAGUCUCUUCUAUGCCUUGGUCGACUUCCACGCUUCUAACAUAAUGAAAUCCAUCAAGACCCUCAUCGCUGAAGAUGCAACCGUUAUUCGUGACGGUAAACCGCAGACAAUUUCCGCCCGCGACGUUGUUGUCGGUGAUUUGGUCCAGAUUUCCAUGGGGGAUCGGGUACCGGCUGACGUCCGCAUUGUUUCUGCCACUUCUGACCUCAAAUUUGACCGUUCCCUCCUCACCGGUGAAAGUGAAAUGAUUCCUGGGACAGUCGAAGCAACAUCGGACAAUGCCCUUGAAACCCGCAAUCUGGCCCUUACAUCGACGUUUGUUGUUCAAGGGUCAUUCACCGGUGUCGUUUUUGCCAUCGGGGACAACUCAAUCAUGGGUCGCAUCGUUUCAAUGUCGGGGACGGAGAAGUUCAAACUCACGUCGGUUCAAAAGGAAGUCUGGUUCUUCACUAAGGUCGUGUCGGGCAUUGCGCUUGCUUUCUUCAUUCUUUCUAUUGUCGUCUGGGGUGCAUGGAUUCGGCGCUCGUUCCCGGGAUUCGAGACGGCUUCCUUGGCCAUCAUCAACUCUCUUGGUUGCCUGACGGCAUUUAUUCCACAAGGUCUGCCUAUUUGUGUUGCGCUUUCGCUCACAAUUGUCGCUCGUCGCAUGGCCAAACACUCGGUUCUCGUCAAAAAUCUCGCCACUAUAGAGACUUUAGGGUGCAUGUCGGUCCUAUGCUCUGACAAGACAGGUACCCUGACCACGGGUAAGAUGACUGUCCAGAGUGUAGCGUUUCUUGGGGAAGAGUUGACAGUUCCUGCUCUCUUUGAAGCCCAAGCGGAUGGAUCUCUUCGUCUUCCGGUUGCUCUUCGUGCUUUAUACAUGAUAGCUCGUCUCUGCAAUGGUGCCCAAUUUGACGGCGGGGCGGAUAGUCAUGUACCAGUUGAAGAGCGAGCCAUCAAGGGCGAUCCUACGGACACUGCCAUCCUUCGUUUCGCUGAAACCCUCUCUCUCACUGUCACAGACAAUGCCAUCAAUUCCAUCACAUCCGGGCACAAGGUCAUUUUCGAAAUUCGGUUCAAUUCUCGCAACAAAUGGAUGCUUUCGCUUGUUCAAGAGAACGACACGAAGAAGACGUACCUUUGCGUCAAGGGUGCGCCAGAUGUGCUGUUUGGUCACUGCACUUCUGUCACCCGAGCCGACGGCACUAUUGUUCCGCUCGAUGAUGACAUCAUGGCGGAGAUACAUGCCACUCAACAGGGCUGGUCUGGCAAUGGUCAACGGGUUCUUGCGUUGUGUCGCCGUGAACUCGACAUUAUCAAACUGGAAGGACUGAAUCCAGAGGUCCUGGAGGAAAUGAUGUAUGAGGAGUUGCAGGACCUCACUCUCGUCGGCUUGAUUGGCAUUCGUGAUCCUCCUCGGGUCGAUGUUCCUCCUGCCAUCGCAGGCAUCGCACUAGUCAUCCGUCGGGCCGGUAUCCGUGUGUUUAUGGUGACUGGAGACUUCAAGCUCACUGCGGUCGCAAUAGCAAAACAGAUUGGCCUCGUCACCGUGGAAAGACUUGACACCAUUGACGACAUGCGCUCGUCCGAGUUGGCUAAACGUUAUAUCAAUUGCCCCCCUCCGCUUAUCGCGCCUAACGAUGACGACGGCGAUCGGGCUCUGGUUGUGACUGGCGCCGAAAUUGCUACUCUAGAACCAGCAGACUGGGACAUGAUUGCAGGUUGCUACACUGAGAUCGUUUUUGCGCGGACCACGCCUGAACAGAAACUCCGAAUUGUCGAAGAACUGAAAGCUCGCGGUGAUAACACCGUCGCUGUAACGGGGGAUGGUGUCAACGAUGCACCUGCCCUCAAAGGUGCCGACAUUGGGAUAGCGAUGGGCAGCGGUAGCGAUGUCGCCAAAGAAGCUGCUGCAGUCAUCCUGCUCAACAACAGUUUUGUCGCUAUUCCCAUCGGCAUCGAAAUGGGCCGUCUGGUAUUUGACAACCUCAAGAAGGUUAUGCUCUAUGUUAUGCCGGCUGGAACUUACACGGAAUUCAUGGCUGUCUUGGGUAGUGUAUUUUGCGGGAUGCAAAGCUCACUCAGUUCCUAUCUACAAGUUUGCUUCAGUAUGACCAACGAUGUUGUCAUGUCGAUUCCGUUGAUGUACGAAAAACCCGAGUCCGAUCUUAUGCUGCGUAAACCGCGCAAUGCUCGCACUGAACGUCUCACUGAUUGGCGCUUCUUCUUCCAAAUAUAUUUGUUCAUCGGACUGAUGAUGUGGCCCUGCGCAAUGGCGAUGUGGUUCUACUGGAUGUCUCUCCAGGGUCUUGGCUUCCAUGACGUCAUCGGAGUCUAUAACAAGUGGACUGACGGCUACAAGGGCUACACUCUCGAUCAACUGACACACUUCGGUUACAACGGAAUUUCUAUUGAUAUUUUGGUAGUGACGAUGGUCUUCAUGCAAUACGGUGGUCUUCUCGCUGUCCGAAAUCGGCGCGUAUCGAUCAUCAAUUCCAAUCCGCUUUGGGGACCACGUCGCAACCUCGUCGUUCCUGUGUCGAUGGUGUUCACCAUGCUCAUAGCCAUCGUCAACCUUUACGGGCCCGGCUUCCAGAAUGUCUUCAAGACCGCUCCUAUUCCAGCCAAGUUUUGGGGCAUUCCCUUUGGAUUCGCCGCUGGCAUCCUGCUUAUAGAUGAAAUUCGCAAACUCAUUGUGCGAACGUACCCCCAGUCUUUGGUCGCCAAAAUGGCCUGGUUGAGGACCAUCUCACGAAACUACUACAUCAUGGCCCAGACAUUCACGCCCUACGCACUGGGAACCCUUCCGUCCAAGGAUGCUCUUGUUAAGCAAUAUGUUGGCGAGCCUUUGGAGAAGUUGAGAACACCAGCAUUUGUCAUUGACCGCGCAGUCUUCAGAAAGAACUGCACGCGAAUGCUGGCGAAUGCAAAGAUCUGGGGGGCUUCUCUGAGGACACACCUGAAAACACACAAGACAGUGGAAGGAGCGCGACUCCAACUUGACGAGGGCGAACUGAAGACACACGCCGUUGUUGUUUCGACGCUGAUGGAGGCCUGGCAGGUGGUGCAAGGCGGUUUAGUCAAGGACGGAACGGUUAACGAUAUUCUCUAUGGCCUCCCGGUUGGCGUGAACAAAAUUGCAGAUCUCUCAGACCUCUGGGACGAAGUUGCUAAGGAUGGCGCUGUCGUGCGUCUGAUGGUAGAUCACCGGGACCAAAUCAAGUGUCUUGAGGAGUUCGAGAAAGUGCGUGCAACACCCCGACGAUGGUCGGUCUUUGUCAAGAUUGAUGGUGGUCAGCGCCGCGCUGGAGUAUCCACAGCAAGUGACAGUUUCGUCCCCUUCCUCAAAACUCUAUUCGACUCACCAGCCAUCUCCGUCUAUGGGUUCUAUAUACACGCAGGCAAUGCGUACGCAUCUACCACUAUCACCGAAGCUUCGUCUUUCCUUUCCAGCGAAGUCAACGCGGUGAAUGAUGCGGCCGGUAUUGCUCUCCCCAUCUUGGCCUCCUCUGUUAAUGCCCAUCUUUACACAUCGCCGUUCGUGCUUUCCGUUGGUUCCACCCCAACAGCCCAUGCUGCUACCCCCGACUCGACUGUCCGCGCAGCCGUCUCAACACUGAAUGGCUCUCUUGAGCUCCACGCCGGCAACUAUCCCAUGAACGACCUCCAGCAAAAGCACACAACACUAAUCUCAGACGAACAUAUCGCUCAACGAGUUCUCGCUACCGUUGUUUCGCAUUACCCGGGACGCGGCAGUUCUGGCUCUGAUGAGGCGCUCUGCGACGCUGGCUGCAUCGCUAUGAGCAAAGACACCGGGCCAAGCGGGGGUUUCGGAGACAUUGUUGGCAGGCCAUGGAGGCUGGGAAGAAUGUCUCAGGAGCACGGUAUUUUGACGCCAACUGAGGCUGGCGCAGUGGCGCCGAAGGUGGGAGAGAUGGUGGAGAUUGUUGGUCAGCACGCCUGCUUGAUCGCUGCGGCAUACCCUUGGUAUUAUGUGGUCGAAAACGGUGGUCGCACAGUGGUUGAUGUCUGGGUCCCUUGGAAGGGAUGGUAA